AUGCUGGACUGCAGUGACUAUGUUCUAGAUUCAAGAAUGAACAAUCCGUCAGAAACGAGUAAACCAUCAAUGGAAAGUGGCGAUGCCAAUACAGGUACACAGACAAAUGGCCUAGACUUCCAGAAGCAGCCUGUUCCUGUUGGAGGAGCAAUCUCUUCAGCUCAGGCUCAGGCCUUCCUUGGACACCUCCAUCAGGUCCAACUCGCUGGAACAAGUUUACAGGCCGCUGCUCAGUCCUUAAAUGUACAGUCUAAAUCUAAUGAAGAAUCUGGGGACUCCCAGCAGCCAAGCCAGCCUUCCCAGCAGCCUUCAGUGCAGGCACCCAUCCCCCAAACUCAGCUCAUGCUGGCUGGAGGACAGAUAACAGGGCUUGCCCUGACACCGGCUCAGCAGCAGUUACUGCUACAGCAGGCACAGGCCCAGCUGCUGGCAGCAGCAGUUCAGCAUUCAGCCAGCCAGCAGCACAGUGCCGCGGGUGCAACCAUCUCGGCCUCCGCUGCAACACCCAUGACGCAGAUCCCCCUGUCACAGCCCAUACAGAUUGCACAGGAUCUGCAACAGCUGCAACAGCUACAACAGCAGAAUCUCAACCUGCAACAGUUUGUGUUGGUGCAUCCAACCACCAACUUGCAACCAGCACAGUUUAUCAUCUCUCAGACUCCACAGGGGCAGCAGGGCCUCUUACAAGCGCAGAAUCUUUUAACACAACUACCUCAGCAAAGCCAAGCCAACCUCCUGCAGUCUCAGCCAAGCAUCACCCUCACCUCACAGCCAGCAACCCCAACACGCACAAUAGCAGCAACCCCAAUUCAGACACUCCCACAGAGCCAGUCAACACCAAAGCGAAUUGAUACGCCCAGCUUGGAGGAGCCCAGUGACCUUGAGGAGCUUGAGCAGUUUGCCAAGACUUUCAAACAAAGACGGAUCAAACUUGGAUUCACUCAGGGUGAUGUUGGGCUCGCUAUGGGCAAGCUCUAUGGAAAUGACUUCAGCCAAACUACCAUCUCUCGCUUUGAAGCCUUGAACCUCAGCUUUAAGAACAUGUGCAAGUUAAAGCCACUUCUAGAGAAGUGGCUCAAUGACGCAGAGAACCUCUCAUCUGAUUCAGCACUCUCUAGCCCAAAUGCCCUGGAUUCUCCAGGGCACGGGAUUGAGGGUUUGAACCGCAGGAGGAAGAAACGCACCAGCAUAGAGACCAACAUUCGUGUGGCCUUAGAGAAGAGUUUCCUGGAGAAUCAAAAGCCUACCUCGGAAGAAAUCACCAUGAUUGCUGAUCAACUGAAAAUGGAAAAGGAGGUGAUCCGUGUUUGGUUUUGUAAUCGCCGCCAGAAGGAGAAAAGGAUUAAUCCACCUAGUAGUGGUGGGACCAGCAGCUCACCUAUAAAAGCAAUUUUUCCCAGUCCAACCUCACUGGUGGCAACCACGCCAAGCCUUGUGACAAGCAGUGCAGCCACCACUCUGACGGUCAAUCCCGUACUCCCUCUAACCAGCGCUGCAGUAACCAAUCUCUCUGUUACAGGCACUACAGAAACCACUUCCAACAACACCGCAACAGUGAUUUCGACAGCACCUCCAGCUUCCUCAGCAGUGACACCCCCCUCUCUGAGCCCCUCCCCUUCUGCCUCCGCCUCUGAGGCAUCCAGUGCCAGCGAGACCAGCACAACACAGACCACCUCCACCCCUCUGUCCUCCCCUCUUGGGACCAGCCAGGUGAUGGUGACAGCAUCCGGGCUGCAGACGGCAGCAGCUGCCCUCCAAGGAGCUGCCCAGUUGCCUGCCAAUGCCAGUCUGGCUGCAAUGGCUGCUGCAGCAGGAUUAAGUCCAGGGCUGAUGGCACCCUCACAGUUUGCAGCUGGAGGUGCCUUACUCAGUCUCAACCCAGGGACGCUGGGCAGUGCUCUCAGCCCGGCUCUGAUGAGCAACAGUACACUCGCAACCAUUCAAGCUCUUGCAUCUGGUGGAUCUCUUCCAAUAACAUCACUGGAUGCAACUGGAAACCUGGUAUUUGCCAAUGCAGGAGGAACUCCUAACAUCGUGACUGCCCCACUGUUCCUGAAUCCUCAGAACCUAUCUCUGCUCACCAGCAACCCAGUUAGCCUGGUCUCUGCAGCUGCAGCCUCCGCAGGGACCUCUGGACCAGUUGCCAGCCUUCAUGCCACCUCCGCCUCAGCUGAGUCCAUCCAAAACUCUCUCUUCACUGUGGCCUCUGCUAGUGGGGCUGCUUCCACCACCACUACUGCCUCUAAGGCACAGUGAGCUGGGUCAAGCUGGGCUGCCACCAGCCUUUUCACUUUGCAGGGGGAUUGGCUGCUGGCUGGGUUUAAAACUGAAAAUAUGAUUGGCUUUCUCUCACCAUGUUGCUGGGGACAAGGGAGAGA